AUGUCGCUGGAAGAGAGGUACCCUGCCUAUGGUGGCCGGGGUCCGCGCGACCUCCGCAUCGGCAUCAGUUUGGCUAUCAUCGCCACCAUCUUCAUGGCCAUGCGUGUUUACGUGCGAGUAUUUAUGAACAAAUUCGGAACAACCGCUCUCAUGUGGUCUCUCGCGGCUUGGUUUCUGACCGCCAUCACGCAAACCUUUGGUAUCAUUUCAGUCCUCCAUGGCCUCGGCAAUCACAUCACAAUCAUUGCCAAAGUCGGCGAACUUCACAAUUUUCUAUUUUUCACGUGGAUGACUGUCUUCUUUUUCAAUCUCGCCAUACCCACGGGCAAAGUAGCAGUGGCUGCAUUUUUGAUUGAAAUGAACGGACAAGGCAAUCCCAGGAUCAGAAAGAGUUUGAUUGCUGUCGCCAUCAUCAAUAUUGCGGUGAAUAUACCUCAGGCGUUGUUGGUAUGGCUCCAAUGCUCCCCAGUAUCCGCACUCUGGGACCCUUUGCGACAGGACAGAUGCGACCAUCGGAAGAACGUCUAUUAUAAUUAUUUUGUUGGAGCCAUUGCCGCCUUGUCGGAUAUUUAUCUGGCAAUCGUUCCGAUCCACAUGCUUCUCCCACUGAAGAUCGAUCGGAAGCUUAAAUGGGGCCUAAGCUUCCUCAUGGGCUGCGGGGUCUUUGCCGGCGCAGCUGCUAUCGUCCGGACAUGGGCUGCCAAACACAUCCUCAGUGAUGACUCUUCAUAUGGCGUCGGCAUUCUUUUCUGCUGGGGCGAAAUUGAAGAAUGGCUUGUCUUAAUUACCAUGUCCAUCCCGCCAGUGUGGCCACUUUUCCGACCCUUCACCACUCGCUUCGUCAAGUCUGCAACUGGAAGCCAACGCAAGAGCUAUAUGUACAUCCUCAAGCCGCCGUGCAGCACCACCGCAGUCGGUGAUCAAUCUCCAGGGCUCCCACCCCCACUUGUCACAACGAGAAUCUCGAUAUCGUCCGUCCAGGAUCUUAAGACAACCGACACGGCUGUGGUACCCUCAGAAACGGGCUCUCGAAUCUCAGAUGAGCGUACUUUAUACGACCUCUCACCUCGGAAGAAAAGGUCUGUUAGCUGGUUUGAGCUAUCGAGGGGCAAGCCUCAUAGUGGCCAGUGA